AUGUUCCUUCUAAUUCCUGUAUUUUACUCUGAAGACCAGCAAUGCAGACUGCCCGUCACAGAGCUUGGAGGGAUGUUACAGCCUGGAGAUAUAAUGGUCGGGGUGAUAUUACCUCUGCAUCUUGAUAACUUGUAUCAAACGAUAUUCUUUAAUGAGACACCACCCAGUUUCCCAUGUUUGAACUUCCAGUAUGAGAUCUAUCAGUAUCUUCAAACAGUGAUAUUCGCCAUAGAGGAAAUCAACAGGAAUCCUAAUAUUCUCACAAAUGUCUCCCUUGGAUAUCAAGCAUAUGAUUCGUGCAGUUUGUUGCAGCAGAGCGUACAGGGAACCUUUCAAGUACUGACAGGACACAGUAUGGCCAUUCCUAAUUACCGGUGCAUUGGGGACAUCCCUUUAAGUGCUGUCAUUGGCCAGUCUGCAUCUACACACUCAAUUAUGCUGGCACAUAUUCUGGGGCUCUACAAAUACCCACAGAUCAGUCACAUUUCGACUAGUCCUCAAUUAAGCGACAUCAAUAUGUUUCCCUCUUUCUUCAGGACUGUCCCCAGUGAUAUUUUUCAGUCUAGUGGUAUUGCCCAACUGGUAUUGAAUUUUGGAUGGACAUGGGUGGGGAUAUUGGGUGUAGAUGAUGACUAUGGCCAACAGGGAAUUCAGACAGUCACUCAAGAAAUAGUCAAGGCUGGUGCGUGUGUUGCUUUUACUGAAAAUAUUCUUAGUAGGCUACCAGACCGUAAUGCUCCUCAAAUUGUCAAGGUGAUGAAGGACUCAACAGCCAAUGUUGUGAUUGUCAUUUGCAAUGGUGUUAUUUUGGUUCCUAUUUUCGAUGAGAUGUUGUUAAAAAAAGUAACCAAAAGAAUAUUUGUUGCCAGUGAAGCAUGGUCCACAUUCACACUGAACAACAUGGAGAAAUAUUCUGAGCUACUUGUUGGCACUAUUGGUUUAGCUAUUCCCCGUGGAACAAUACCAGGGCUUAGAGAGUUCUUCAACAAAGUCCACCCAUCUAUGACUUUAGGAAGGAGCUGGGCAAAGAUUGUAUGGGAAAAAUCAUUUGGAUGCAAAUAUUUAGACAUUAAAAAUGUCACCAUGUCUACAAGUAUGCAAAUAAAGCAGUGUACCGGAGAAGAAAAACUAGAAAGCAUUCAGAACAACUACAAUGAUGUUUCAAGUUUAAGAAUCACCUACAAUAUUUACACUGCGGCUCAUGUUUUGGCCAGAGCACUGGAAGAUCUUAAAAGCUGCAAUAAGGCAGAAGGUCCUUUCAUCCUUGGUAGAUGUGCAGACAUUUGGAACUUCAAGUCAUGGCAGCUCUUGCAUUACAUGAAGAAAGUGAAGCUCAAACUAAGCAGCGGGAGGGAGCUUUACUUUGAUAGAAACGGUGACCCACCUGCUGUUUAUGACAUUCUAAACUGGCAGCAGGGCCCAAAUGGUACCAUAAGGCAUGUCAACGUGGGCAGUUAUGACAUGUCAGCAUUUCUUGGACAAGUCUUCACCAUCAACACCAGUGCCAUAGUCUGGGGAACUAAAGACCAACAGGUUCCUGUCUCAGUCUGCAGUCAGAACUGUCUCCCUGGUUUUCGUAAAGCACCUAAAAGAGGGCAAACAGCCUGCUGCUAUGAGUGUGUUGCCUGCUCACAAGGCGAGAUCUCCAAUCAGACAGAUUCUAUUGACUGCAGCAAGUGUCCAUGGGAUCAGUGGCCAAAUCCUGAGAAAUCAAAAUGCCUUCCAAAACGCUUAGAAUAUCUCUCUUAUGAAGACCCAAUGGGAUCUGCUAUAAUGGCCGGGAGCAUCACUUCCUCAUUGGUUCCUGCUUGUAUUUUAAGACUAUUUAUCCAGCAUAAAUCCACCCCCAUUGUAAAAGCUAACAAUUACACAUUAAGCUGCAUUCUUCUAGUAUCCCUUUCACUUUGUUUCCUAUGUGCUUUGACUUUUGUUGGUUACCCUCAACCAAUGAUGUGUCUUCUACGCCAGACUAUGUUUGGCAUGGUUUUCACACUAUGUAUCUCUUGUAUUUUGGCCAAAACGAUCAUGGUGGUUUGUGCAUUCAUGGCAACAAAACCAGGCAGCAAUCUGAGAAAAUGGACCAUGCCUCGGGUAUCCUAUUUUAUAAUUUGCAUUUGUUGUCUUUUACAAUUCCUCUUGUGCAUCACUUGGUUAUCUCUUGUUCCUCCAUUCCCUGAACUAAACAUAGAAUCCCAACCGAGAAUUAUCACUGCUGAGUGUAAUGAAGGUUCGCCCAUUACUUUCUGGUGCAUGUUGGGGUAUCUUGGCCUCCUGGCCACUAUCAGUUUUAUUGUUGCCUUCUUGGCCAGGAGACUUCCUGACAGCUUCAAUGAAGCCAAGUUCAUCACCUUCAGUAUGCUGGCAUUCCUCACUGUCUGGGUGUCCUUUAUUCCAGCUUCACUCAGUGCCCGAGGAAAAUACACAGUGACCAUGGAGAUAUUUGCAAUCCUAUCUUCCAGUUGGUCCCUUGUAAUCUGUAUGUUUGUUCCUAAAUGCUUCAUUAUAGUGUUCCGGCCUUAUAGGAAUUCCAAAGAACAUCUAAUGAGAAAAGAGACAGAUCAGUACAAAAUAACUAAAUAAUUGUAGAUCUGUUUGACAUGUCACGUCUGUACUGUCUUAAAUUAUGCAUCCAGCAUCCAAUGUAUUCUUAUAAUAUCGAAGAAGCAAAUGUAUCACAACUUUAUAGAGCU